AUUACAUUAACAUAAUUAUGGAUAUUUAAAAAGAAUUGCAAGAGCCUAUCUUUCUGAUGAUUCUCAUACCAUAAGGACCAACACGGCUUUUCGUAUUUGGCAAACUUGGAGUCUAAAUAAUAUUCCACGUGCGAGAUAUUAUCAUAAAAUAAAAAGAAUGUGCACUAAGCUAUUAACGAACUAACUAUUCGAAGAUUUAAGCCGCUUGAACUAAGGCAAAAAGUAAACUAAGAUUUCGAAAGGUUUUAAUGAAGGAGCUACAAUAUAAACUGUAGGUUCGUGCGGUCUUCAAAAAUUUCCAUUACAGCUUCCGAGAAAUGACAUUCUUAACACCGAGCGAGAACACUAAGUCAGGCUAAACUUUCUCACGUCAGUAAUUUAGGCUCUCCACACAAAAAAAUAUCCAUAAUACAUUAAGUUACGGUAGGCACACGGCAAGAACAAUUUUAUUGCAGCAACUUAAAAAUUUAACUAGAUAGAGAUCAGAAAAUAAUUUUAGAUUGCGCCAUCAAAAUAAUUAUAUAAGACUAACAGGCAUGAUAAUCUUGCUGCGGAUAGUUUUAACAUAUUAGCAACCAAGUUAAACAUCCAAUACAAUUUUUUAAUUGAUAUUCGAUACAAUUAUAUUUAAAUCUGUAUUUCAGCGAAAUUGUUCUUUCCGUGAACUGAUUUUAGACUUAAAUCUGGAACAGUAAACUUGUGUCAUCGCAUGAAGAAAACCGCAAUGUAACAUUUAAAGUCAAUUUAAACAGUUAAAAAUCGGUAGUUAACGUAACGUCAAGCGUUACGGAUGUUUCUUACGCGGAAAUCCGCAGCCUGACAAGUACGUUCCGUUAAUUAGCGUAGAGCGUUGAGGAAAGUCGAGUGGGAGAAAAUCGUACCAUCAAUCGGAGCCCGAAACAAUGACGCGCCGAUGCCAUUCACACACACAUACACACACACACACACACACUGCAUUCCGCUACAAAAGGCUAAUGCUAUGUAAAUAUAAAGUCUCGCCCAUUCAAGCGCGAUCUUCUCACGCAGGAAUAGUCAAGGUGGCCUUGUACUUGGCGUCCCGACCUUUUAGGAAAAGAGACGAUGUACCGUCAUCGCGUACCGUUACGACACGCGAUCGAGCCGACCGAUUCGUCAACGUUCCUCCGUGUCUCUUUGUCCCCUUUCAGGUGCCUACCGUGUCGAAACCGAGUCGCGAAAUGAAUUUACAAAAUGACCGUUUGAGGAUCGGCCGACAACGAUGAGAGGCCGUCGGGCCUCUUCUAGCAUCGGCUAACGUCUUCUCUCUGGCUCGCGCGCGGAGCGGCUACGAGCGGGCGUUUGAAAAAGCAUGACGGGUAUAGAAAUACACGCUAUCAAUUUCCAUACGCGUCGCGCCGCGUGCUCGUUUUACGGGAGGCUACGACGCCGGUGAGUUUUACGAUGUCGCGCUUUGGUAGCGUAACCCAGUCCCGAGCGGUUUCUGCGCCAAGUAGACGCGGUUCUCUCGACACGCAGAUUACAAUGCGUUUUAACGUAAUGCGACACUACUCAGUUACACCUUUUCCCGGGGACGUUUAAAUGCGAAUGUUUUAGCAGUAAGGCUCGCUAACAGAAAAAAUAAAAUAAAAUAAAAUAAAGAAACGAAUGAAACGACGCCGUUCACCGAGUUUUAUGUGACGUGGAUAUCAUUUGCUUGCAACCGUGUGAGAAAAAAUCGAUAAUGCGAUUACGGGGACAUGUUAAGGCGCUGCAUAAUACUUUCGUUUGUUGGCCUUUUAUCCAUGAGCGUUGUUGCGUGUCUGUUUAGACUUGCGGCACGCAACUUUCGCACUCGACAGGAUAGAUUUUUUAUACAACUUUUUUCUAACAGCAUGGGGAAGGAACAGUAGUACAAGAACAGUAGUUACACCUACCGGAUUUUAGUGCAGAGAGAGAAAUAAGACACGUAAAGUUUUCAAUUAAUUAACAUUCAAUCUAAAAGUACACUUCUAACUUUUUCCAUAGAAUACCAAUUAAAAGAUCCACGUGACGCACGUGUUAAUAAUUAGAAAACAAAGAUAAGAUAUGCGUUGAACUAUAGUUAGUACCGCUAACGCGUUUCGAUAACAAAGAUUUCGCCUUUCCUUUUAUCACUAUCUAUUAAUGACCGAAGCAUGAUAUCACACUUUAUAUCUGUACGAGUUGUUCCCCGCAGAUGAGGCGUUAUAGGCUCAAUGUACGUGAAAAGGAUAAAGGAACACAAGGAAACAUUUUUAGUCGAUUACUUCGUGAUCGGAGCCAGCUGACGGCAGCAUUACUCGAGAAAUUUGAUCUGAUAUCCACGGGGUUGGUUGAUCGAUGGCUCAAAUUCGCCACUCGAAUUUGUUCGCAAACCGUCAAUAAACGUCGUCGUUAUUAACUUUUAUAAAAUUUGUUUGCAAGCUCUAACAUUUUCUAGGGAAACGUCUAUAAAAUAAUCAAUUUAAAUUAAAACAAUCUGAAGCAUAGGUAUAUGAAACUUUUCUUAAAAAGAUAAAAUCGAAAUUUAUCAUUAUCACAGGCAGACACCAAUUUGAUUACGUAAAUAUACACCAAUAUAUUCAUAAAAUGCGCGUGAGCGUAACUAUAAAAGUAAGUAUCGCAUAAAUUUUAAAAUCGUUGAUGGCUGCAAAUCUAUCGUGGAUAAAUGAAAACGCUUAAACUUUAUUGCAGAAAGUCUUUGCAGUAUCGAGCAUCUGGAGCGACUAUUCCGCCUGACAAGAACAAAACGAUAGCAACGCUGAACUAAAUGAGAAGCCAAUCGCUGUGCAAUCGGUAUGCCAACCGACAUCGUAGUUACGUCGGCCUCGGCCACAGUUUCGGAGGAGACGAGCAGAGGUCGGGACCUGGGCAUUGGACAGUCUCCAAGAUCAGGCCCUUCUUCCGCAGCCUCGUCGUCCUCCAGUUCUAGCGCAGCAUCGACCUCAAGAGGAUUCGAUCCAUCUGGCACUCUUGUCGCCUAUCAUCAUCACCGUCACAGCUUGGUAACCAGUCUGGGUCAUGCUCAUCAUCGAGAAUCAUCAGCCUUCGUGCCAGUGGUGCCUUCAAGAUUACAACUCACCCCGUAUCCAGGAGAAAUGCAUCCCCAUCUACCCGGGCCACCGCCCUCUUCCUCAUCGUCAACAAAUUCAGAGCACGAAGUUGGUCCUGAAUCUUCAGUAACCAGAAAAAGCUCCUCGAGUUACGACAUCAUGGCAAUGAUGGCCGACAAGAGGAAAGAAUUAGCGAGAGGUCUUUUAUUACCACCACAUCCUCUCCUCGAACCUCCUGGGUAUCCAGUCUUUGCUGGUCCCUUUCCUGGUAGUUCCGCUUUGUAUCCCCCGGGUGGUCCGUUAGCCCAUCAACAUCUGGAUCGAAGGUUACUUAGAGCACCCGGCAGAGCAUCCAGACCGAAGAAACAAUUCAUUUGUAAAUUUUGUAAUCGACAAUUCACAAAAUCAUAUAAUCUUCUCAUUCAUGAGAGAACUCAUACCGACGAGAGGCCAUACUCCUGUGACAUAUGCGGAAAAGCGUUCAGGCGGCAGGAUCAUCUUAGAGAUCAUAGGUACAUCCACAGCAAGGAGAAACCUUUCAAAUGUGGCGAAUGUGGUAAGGGCUUUUGUCAGAGCCGUACUCUAGCUGUCCACAAGAUUUUACACAUGGAGGAGUCCCCGCACAAAUGCCCUGUUUGCGCGAGAAGUUUUAACCAGCGCAGCAAUCUCAAGACUCAUCUUCUAACGCACACGGAUCACAAGCCUUACGAGUGUACGUCAUGCGGCAAGGUGUUUCGCAGAAACUGCGAUCUCAGAAGACACGCAUUGACACACGCCGUGGGCGAUGUUCCUCCAGAGGCAUUGGAGGAAGCGUUGAGAGAUGAUGACAGUCCCGAAGAAGAUUGCCCUGAGCCUGGACCAUCUUCCUCAUCGACGUCCACAACACCGUCCGUAUCUUCUGCAUCUUCUAGUUCGUCCGCAUAUCCAUCUCAAGGACCUUCAGCCCCACCACCCGCACCUGCAGCCCCAGCCUCUGCACCACCUCUUCCUCAGAGACCUCAACUUCAGAUCAGAAGGGAUCUAUUACCCGCCGUGAAGACAUCGACGGUGACCAGCGGUGCUUCCGCGGUUCAUUCCGUCACCCAGAACCCACCAGCUGCUCUCCCACCGCCACCCCCGCUCAUUCUAGCUUCUUAUCGACGAAGAAUUGGCUCCCCAGGCCCUUCUAGAGUAUUCCUAGAACUUCAAGAGCGCGAGCGCGAGAGAGAACGAGAGAUGGAGCAGAACAGGGAAAGAGAACAGCGUAACAGAGAACGUGACAAGGAAAUAGCCAGACCACCGAGAGCACCAACACCGCAGCCGCAGCCACCACCACCUAGACCUGCCCCAGCACGCCAGGGUUUCACCAUUGCGGAUAUAAUGGGCCGAUAGAAAGUUUGUCGCAGGUAGUUUUCCUGUGCUUAAAUUUCUUUUGGGCUCUAUGGAUUACACGGAAGGAGAGAUACCGAGCUUCACAAAGACUAAACUUUUUCUAAAGGUUCCAUAAAUUCCACGAUAUUUUUGGAGCGUAAGAAUAUGCCUAAUAACCUGUCAAAAUUGUCCAAGAAUCUGCACGUUCUUUAUACAUGUGUUAUUGCAGUGCAUUUUUUUCUGUACAGAAAUGAGAAAAUUUAAACAAAAUGAAAAGAGUUUAAACAUAUGAUGAGCAGACAAAGUUUUAAAUAUCUUCAUAAUUCUUUUAAAAAAAAAUUUGCGUGUGCGAUUCUAAAAUAGUAAUUAAACUUGGAAAAAUGUAACCCUCUUAUUCUAAAUGAUGACAUAUUACUUUUUAUGCCCAAUAUAAUAAUGCAGAGAAACAAAUAUAAAAUUAUAAUUUUGUAUAUGAUUCAUAUAAUAUACAAGAUAAUAAUUUUAUAUAUUAUAAAAAUUUUAUUAACUAAGAUCUUUUCAAAAGUACGCCGCAAAAAAAUAUUUCCAUUAUUAUAUAACUUGGGAUGCAGUAAUGAUCAAAUAAUUUCUGAGGAAUGAGACGGUUAAACAAACACAUACCAAAAAUGUGCCUUAAUAGUUUGUUCACUAAAAGGUGCUCUCGCUUCAUGCUACAGUUGUAAAAGCUACACUUCUUCCUGCGCGUGAAUCGCGAUAACGAUGCAAUAGAGAAAAUAAGUCCAGAAGAUAUUAAGGAAACUAUGACUCUAUAUAUAUAUAUAAAUGUAUAACGGCGAAGUAUUCUUUUGUCCCGCAGUUGUUCGAGAGAGGGGAUAAUGCAAAUUUUGCGGUCGGGGUAAUAACCUGCGCCUGUGCCACCGUGGCAGGUGCAAUACGGCUUUGUACCUGCUCGAUCCGCGCGCGAAAUACCUGCUCCCUGCUACUGCUGCCGUUGCUUUUCCCUUCUAAAAAUAUUCCGACCCUAGACGAAUAUCAAUAUUUUUUUCUCCUUCUUCCUCCCCACCCCCUCACAAUGCCCUCGACGCGAGGAAACAUUAAUGGUCUUUUUGUGAGGGACCCAAACUGUACACCGUCCGACCGCAGAGGCGAUCCUUUCGGGCUAUGCCUCUAACGCCUACAACACAAAGGUAUACCUUCUUUUCAGUGGAUUUCAAAGAUCCCUCGAAUAUAUGCAUUCUCUAGAAUAGCUUUCCGUUUUUAAAAUGUCCAUUGUGAUUAAAUAAAAUUUCGACGUGUUCGAAUGUUCGAAUGAUCUGGCCGACUAUGCGUUAACGCGCGUUACGGAUGAAAAAUAUGACAAAAUCGGGUACAAAAUGAAUAUACUCUAUGCUUGAAAUGAUAUUUACUAAUAGCAAUAUAUCGUCUUUCUUAAUUAUAAAAUAUAUAGAUCUUCAUAAAUACUGAAAAUUCAAUAUUCUGUUAACCCUCUAGGGGCCGCAGUCUUAUUACAGUUGUAAAAAAUGUUGAUUUAUUUUUACAUUCAAAAAUAUUUUGAAUGUGAAGAGAAUUUAUUUAUAUAUUUUUCAAUUAUUUUUGACGCUCAUUAUUUUUUUUUAUACAAGUAUAUUUUAAGGAGUAUUUCCAUUUUCAAUUACUAAUUGCAUCUCAAGUUUACUGAUGCAUUCUUAUACCUACGCGUAGAAACCAGACAUUGCAAAUGUGUAACAUUGGCCCCUAAAGGGUUAGGACUGUCUAAAAACGAACAGUUAUUUCCACAACGCUUUGUUUCGCACGAAAUUAGUAGAAAUAAAUUAAAUUAAAUUCUGCAUUCCAUAUACAAAUAUUUAUAAUAUUGCGAGUAUGAUACAUAUAUUAAACAAAUUCAGGAUAAUUAUUAUUAUAUUAAAUAUAAUUUUCCAAAAUUUAAUUCGACGUUUUCUUAAUAAAUUAAUUUAAUUUAUUUCCAAGGUAUUUUAAUAAAAGCAAAACGUUGUGAAAGGAAUUCCAUGAAUUUUAUAAAUAGUUGAUAUGUAAUAUUAUUUUACAUUCGCCAUUCGAAUAGUCGAGUAAUUGUACAUGAGACUAUUUGCGUAACGUUUUACAUGUAAUAAUAAUAAUAAUAAUGUAAUUAUUACUUUAGGUAUAUUGCGAAUUUUCCAAAUAUGUGGAAUUCGAACGUUACAAUAUUAAUUAGAACACAAUUAUGAGAUAAUUGUUAACGACAAGAUUGUAUCACGUGUUCAAGUUACAAUAAUUGUGUAUGAAAGUUGCGUAAAUGAAAGUAGUAGUGAAAUUACUGCUAAAACUCCAUCCAGAUAUGAUAAUGUUAGUAACCUAUGUUUCAAACGAAAAUGUAAUUUUUUAUAUGUAUGUACAUGUGAGAAAGAGAAUGAAAUUUGUAAGUGUGCGUGCGUGUAUGUGAAAAUGAGCGUGACAGCGAUAAAGAGAGCACAAAACGAAGAAAAACAACGAAGAAGAAGAAAAGAAAAAAAAGGAAAAAGAAGGAAGGAUGCGAGAAGAUACAUUUGAUGCGCUUUGCGACGCAAUUUAAUGUAUAGUGAUACAUGUAAUGUACAAUAUACAACGUACAACGAGAGCCUGCAUCGAAAAUUACAAAUUUGCGAGCGAUCAAUCUCCUGUUAUUUUCUACGUUAUUAGUUUAUUCCUCAUAUCAGUAUCUAUAUUUUUAGAUUUAUAUGGAAGUUAAGCAACUUUGUAAAUUAUAUUAAGAAAGAUGAAAUAAAAAAAAUAUGAAAAAAUUGUA